GCCCCAGCACAGUGGCAUGCCCUGUAACGGGCACUCGUGUUCUGCAGGAAAGGUCUGGGUCCCCAAGCAGAAGCCGAUGGAUCCUGUGCUGGAAAGUGUGACCCUGGAGCCAGAGCUGGAGGAGGCGUUGGUGAACGCCUCAGAUGCGGAACUCUGUGACAUCGCAGCAAACCAUCUCCGUGGCUGGGGGCCCCCUGACGUCCAGUCAAGCUGUGCAGCAGGGAGGUGGCUGGGUGACACCGUGGCCCAGCAUGUCCACACUGACUCACCCUGGGGCUGUUUUUAUCCCAGCCCUUCUCCUCUGUGGCCCUCCGUGAUGUCACUGCCCUCAUCAGGCAGCUCGGAGGGACUAUCGAAUGGCUCCACAGUCAGAACCGCUAGUGCCUGUGUCAAAAUAGAACUGCAGCAUCGCGCUACGUGUCUGUUCUUUGUCACUAGAGGUCUUGGGAGCCAGCCUCUGGGCAACAAAGUGGAAAUGGAGAUUGUGAGCAUGUUGGAAAAGAACGCAACGCUUCUCAAAUUCGGCUACCACUUUACCCAGCAGGGGCCCCGGCUGCGGGCGUCCAACGCGAUGAUGAACAACAACGACCUUGGAUUUGAUACAGUGUCCAAAAAGGACUAUGCUAAGGCUGUAGGGAAAUAG